UCGUUUAAUUGUGUUAGUUAUGGCACAAGUAAUACAAAUUAUCAAAUUUUUUAAACCCUAAAGAUUAGUUGUUUUACUACUUUUUUUACUAAAUUCAGUAAGCAGUGCACAUCUGAAAAAGCCCACUAUUUGGAAACAUUAUCAGUGUUUUAAAGGACCUUCAUAACAAACAGACAAAGAAAUGAAGAGACAGCCAAUGUGUAUUUGCCAACAAUGUUGUUGCAUACAAAUGGAUGGACAACAGAAAAUAAAAAUGAAUAUUAUCAUAUUGUUUUUUGAUUUGGUUUGGUUAUCCAUAAUUACUGAAGAAAAAAGCAUCGCUAAAAAAACGAACAUUGAAAAAAUGGUUAAACACCUUUCACAAUCAGUUCAAAACAAUAUAAAAUAUUUAGAAAAUGCAAAUGAAAGUCAUGAAAAAAAUCAUUCCUCAAACUCUAAGGGUAUUUUACUUCGUGAUGAAAAAAGUAGCUAUUUUGAAAGGUUGCAUUACGAAAUUAUAAACACUGCAAUUGGAGUCAAUAACUAUUACCAUGAAAAUCAGAAAGAACAUUUUGAUGCAAAAUCACAAAAACCUACGGGAGAUCUUGUCAUAAAAAAUAAAUAAAAAAGUAUCAAAUGCAAAUGUGCAAAGAUCAAUAUUUUUUAUAUGGUACUUAAAAAAAUAAUUAAAAGCACGAUCUCACAACACUAAAAGAUGACAAAUAAGAGCUUUAUCUAUCUAAAUAGUUAAAAGAUGCUUUUAUGCACUAUUAUUUAUUUAAUUUUGUCUAUACUCACAAAUGCCUUAAUUCAAUUAUUAAAACUUAGACUAAAAAUUAAUAAUUCUAAA